AUGGAUCGGGCAGGUAGACUGGCGAAGCAUGUUAGUGUGGCCUUUUUCAGCAUUCCGGGGAACAUCUUUCACUUUAGUUGCUUAGAUGCGCCGUUGAUCAACAUUUUGGUGUUGAAAAUAGAAAGGUGUUCACGAGGAUCAGUUGUCCUGUCAUACGAGUCAAAGACUAGAGUCAUGAGGUUGUUGAGGAUUGUCAUCGCGGUUAGAGCCUCGGAGAAAGGCUGGAACAUAGUGACUGUUGUGCUUGCAUGUCCUGGUUCUGUUGGUGGAGCUCUUCCAUCCCGACCAUCUGGGCUUGCAUCACUUGCAUAUGUGGCUGCAGUUGGGUCAUCAACGCGUUCAUGGAUACAAGAAGAUUGGAAGCCAAAAGUUGGUAUGGUUUUUGACAGUGUUGAGGAGGCUUGGAAGUUUUGGGUCGAAUAUGGGAGAAGAGUUGGGUUUGGAGUGAGAAAACAAUAUGUUCACAACAACAAAGAUGGUUAUCCUACUUCUUCCAGGUUUGUUUGCUGCAAAGAAGGCUUGAGAAGGCCAGACAAACGAGACUAUAAAACGACUCAUCCAAGAUCGGAGACAAGAACAAAUUGUGAAGCACGGUUAGGGCUUAAAAGUAUGUGUGAAAAAUUAAUCGUGCAUGAUUUUGUGGAGGAACAUAAUCAUAUUUUUCAUCUACAAGAAACAACUCAUAUGUUGCCAUGCAACCGGAAAGUUUCAGAAGUUCAGUGCUAUCAAAUUGAUUUUGCAGAUGAUGCUUGUCUACAACAAAGAAAGUCAUUUGAAUUGAUGAGCAAACAAGUGGGAGGUAGAACAAAUUUGGGGUAUACGCGACUUGAUCAGAAGAACUAUCUUAGAAAAAGAAGGCAAAGGAGUUGGGUAGAUGGGGAAGCCGGUUAUAUAUUGCAGUAUUUUCAAAGCAAAUUGGUUGAAAAUCCAACUUUCUACCAUGCUUAUCAGUUAGAUGUUGAAGAUCAAGUCACCAAUGUAUUCUGGGUAGAUGCAAGGAUGCUUAUUGAUUAUGAGUAUUUUGGCGACGUCGUUUCUCUUGAUUCCACAUACUGCACAAACAACUCGCAUAGACCACUAGCAGUGUUCUCAGGAUUUAACCACCAUCGGAAAGCAAUCAUCUUUGGGGCCGCAUUGUUAUAUGAUGAGACAACUGAGUCAUACAAGUGGCUAUUUGAGACAUUUCUAGAGGCACAUAAGCAAAAAAAACCUCAGACAGUUUUUACUGAUCAAGACCAAGCAAUGGGGAAAGCACUAGUUGAAGUCCUUCCUGAAACUUUCCAUGGCCUAUGUACCCAUGGCACUUGA